AGACAUUCCUGUUACAGUGAGAAGAGAGGAAUGGAACGGGAGAGAGAUUUGUUGUCGAGGGUUCCAGUCGAUCCGGAUCAACGGAACAGCCUGCUCGUGAAAUUAACGUGCAACUGGCUGAGUACUCCACAGACACGUGUACCCUUAACGUAGUUCUCGGGGAUAUUCAGCGUGACACAGUGUGACAAGGUUGACCCUUUGAAUUACAGGCACAACAGAAACAGGAAGUAAGAGAGAGAAAGUUGUGGUGGAAGAGUACAGCAGGGUUCGCCACUACCCCCUGCCGGAGCCUCGUGGAGCUUUAGGUGUUUUCGCUCAAUAAACACUCACAACGCCCGGUGUGGGAAUCUAAACCGCGAUCCUAUGACCGCGAGUCCGCUGCCCUAACCACUGGGCCAUUGCACCUCCACUGGGAGAGAGAUAACAACUGUGUUCGAAAACGAUGGUAGGAUGGGGGGUGCGAAAUGACCUUUGCGUGGAGAGUUAUUGUACUCAGAGUUGGGAGAGUGGCAUAACUCCCGGAAAGCAAGAGAAAACAGAAAGUGAAAUGAAUUGUGAGAAGAAGAGAUAAAAGAAAAAGGAAGGAACUGAUUAAUCCCAGUUUUCCAAGAAAGAGACCGCGUUAGAAGUCAAUUACAAAUGGAGAACAUUAGUGACGUGACUGUGUCGACGUUCGACAAAUCCAAAUAUAUUAAACCCAUUAGGUUACAUUACAAACAGAAUAACCGAGAGAAAGUCAUAGAUGUUUUAAAAGAACACGAUAGUGUCUGUGUCUUGUUGUUCAACCGGCAACGACAAGUUUUGUUGUUUGUCAAGCAAUUCCGUCCUGUCAUAUACAUGAACCGAAGUUGCAUUCAUGAAGAGAAAGGAGUUAAGAAGAUUGACUCGACAAAGUACACUGGUGAACUAGGAAUAACAACCGAAUUGUGUGCUGGCAUAGUAGAUAAAAAUAUCUCCUUACAGGAAGUUGUCCAGGCAGAGAUCCUUGAAGAAUGUGGAUACAAAGUACCUUUGGAUAAUAUUGAAAGAGUUGUGUCAUACAGAGGAGGUGUCAGCACUACAGGUGCACUCGUUACAUUUUUCUAUGCUGAGAUCGAUGACAAAAUGAAGGUCAGCAAGGGUGGAGGGGUUCCAGAGGAAGGAGAGAUGAUUGAACUUUUGGAGGUCCCUGUGAAAAACGCUAGAGCGUUUGUGAUGGAUGAAUCUGAGCCUAAACCUGGUGGCUUACAUUUUGCGAUAUUUUGGUUUUUUGAUACAAAAUGGAAGGAGUGAAAUAUGUAUAUGUGCACUAUAUAAUUAAAGAUAUUUGCAUAUUAAUGAA